AUGGGCAACCGGGUCGGGGGGCGGCGCCGGCGCCCGGCGGUCGACGAGCGCUACACGGCGCCGCAGGGCCUCUACCCGCACCCGGACAUCGACCUCCGCAAGCUGCGCCGCCUCAUCGUCGAGGCCAAGCUCGCGCCAUGCCACCCGGGCGCCGACGACCCGCGCGCCGACCUCGACGAGUGCCCCAUCUGCUUCCUUUUCUACCCCAGCCUCAACCGGUCCAAGUGCUGCGCCAAGGGGAUUUGCACCGAGUGCUUCCUCCAGAUGAAAUCGCCCACCUCCUGCCGCCCCACGCAGUGCCCAUACUGCAAGAUGCUGAAUUACGCGGUGGAGUACCGCGGCGUCAAGACCAAGGAGGAGAAGGGCGUCGAGCAGAUUGAGGAGCAGAGGGUGAUCGAGGCGCAGAUCAGGAUGCGGCAUCAGGAACUCCAGGAGGACGCGGAGCGGCUCAAGAACAAGCAGACGGCGGCUGCUUCGGCCGACGCAAUAACAAUAGUUGAAUGCUGUGAUACCGGUGGCACAUCCACCCCAGCUGCGAGUGGUGUGCAAGGCAAUGAUGUGCUCUUGUCUCAAGCACAGCAAUCAGAGCUGCUAUUGAAAAAUGCUGAGCGCUUAAAGCAGAUGCGGGAAGGUAAUUUCGACAUGGACCUUGAAGAAGUUAUGCUUAUGGAAGCAAUUUGGCUUUCUGUACAAGAUCAGGAAGCCUUAGGAAAUCCAGGCAGCACAGGUGCUGUACCACCAACACUUCCUCCAAGAUGUCAUAAUGCAUCUGUGUCCGCUUCAGCUGAGGCAGCGCCUUCCGGUGGAUUUGCUUGUGCGGUCGCAGCUUUAGCCGAGCAACAACAUAUGCUUGGAGAUUCUUCCAGCACCGCCAUUUGCCAAACAUCGAGACAUGAUAUUCUCAGCAGGUCACAACGGUCUUUUACAGAUGACCUGAGCGUAGCUGGGAGUAGUUCGUCAGGAACUAGAGUUGAGGAACCAUCAACCAGCAGAACUCGGCAAACAAGAGAGGGUACGGAGUACUCUAACAAUGACGGGUGGUCAGAGGCGGCUGAGGCCGGUACCAGUUUUGCUGGCUCUGAUGUUACAGUGGAGGCUGGGGCUGCCAAUCUGGCUGCUUCCGAUGUAUCUAGCAUUGGGACUGUCCCUGAUAGCUUUGAAGAGCAGAUGAUGCUGGCCAUGGCUCUUUCGCUGGCCGAUGCUCGGGCAGUUGGGAGCUCUCCAGGGACAACUUGGCGGUAGUUGCUCUACCCUUUCUAUUUAUUUGUUUAGGUUGUCUGGUAUCAUUCCUAGAUUUCCUUCUGUCACAUAAAACAUAGGAUUAGAUGGGGGUGGAUGAACAAAGAUUGGCUGUGGAAAUUGUGAAUAGUGUGACUGGUGAGAUAAAUCUGCAUAUUUGCAGGUAGGGCUUUUCUUUUCUUCUUAAGUGUAGAAACUAGGCUCUGUCAGGCAUACUUCUGCCUACAUAAAUCGCGCCUUUGAUGAUGUAGAAAUGGUGUAAAUGCAGAGAAUCGCUCUCUUUUCAUGUUCUGGGUUAUUCCCUUGAAUGCGGUGUAGAGCAUCUUACACCUAAGGUCAAUUCUUGUC